UAUACCGAACAGUGACGUCUAAGAGGGGGUCUUUUGGACAUUCUGUCACACGAACGCACUGGCACAAACACAGGCUCAUAUUUAAAGUGAUCAUGAAGGAGGGAGCUGUUUGUUCAGUGCUUGCUACAGCUGCUAAGUGAUUCCUCGGAUUAUGAUGAACUGCAACUCCCCUGCAUUUCAACUCUGACCGCAAACAUUUGCAGAGAAACCGUGUGUGCGCGAGUGAGCAACAGAGAAAAAGAGAGAGUGAGAGGGGGGAAAGAUAGAAGGAGGCAAAAGGGGGUGGGCUAGAGGACUUCUUGUUCCAGGCAGGCAGCAGGGGCUCUUCAAGUUGAGAGACAGUCUUGGGUAGUCAAAGCAAAGCCACCUACGAGUCAGCUCCUAGCAACGCUCUCCGAAGAAUCUACUUUUGUCAUCUGUACUUUUCUGGAAGAAAUGUGGCAUUUCUGAGAAGAAGAAAAGGAAAGUCGAUCUACUGCACAGCUAAAUAAACCAACUGCAAACCCAGAAGUCUGAAAAGUGCAUUAAACAGAGCACUGGAGGGUGGAAAAGCAGAAGAUAAAAGUACAAGCAAGGACUGAGAUCCAAGAGUCAAGCUGCAGUCAGCCGGAGCCAGUGGAAUGGACCUAGGUGCCAGUUGGAUCAAUCCCGACGUACCCACACUGCUGUCUGAGGAGGAGGGCUGAGGAUCUGCUGCAACGACAACCAACUCCUGAAUGAGGAUGAAUGGAGAUGUCCUUUAGCUAAGCCCUAAAACAAAACUCUUGCCAAAUUCACCUCUGGGUGAGCUGGGACGACACUAGCUAAUAGCUGAAAGAAGAAGAAGGUGGUGGUGGAGGAGGUGGAGAGUAGCCAGGGGGCCCAGAGCACUGCUAGUGCUCCUGGCCCAGAGGAGAGGCGAGGGAGCUGGCAGCCCACUGAGCUCGAACAGGACUCGGAGCAGGGGCACGACGGAGGGGGAGAGGUGGCAGGUGCCGGGCAUCACAUGGCCUUGCAGAGGCUGGUGGUAGCAGCGGUGGCCGUAGCCCUGCUGUCCCUGGUCCUAAAUAAUGUGGCAGCCGUCACACCCAGCUGGGUUCUGCAGGCUCUGGAGGACGGCCGAAAGCGCAGUGUGGGACUAUGGAAGAUGUGCCCCAACAGCGGGGAGAGGGGCCGUGACGACCUCCAGGCUGACAGAAGGGGGCAAGGCACACAGAAGCAAUGUGAAAGCAUUGGUUGGGGCUCUGAGUAUGCAGGCUACCAAGAAUCCCGUAGCACUGUCAAAUUGCAGUUUAACAUGAUGCGAGCAUGUAACCUGAUAGCGACAGUGGCCCUGACUGCAGGUCAGCUGAUCUUCCUUCUAGGCCUGAUGAAGUUGCCCUUCAUCUCACACGAAUCCCAGUGGUGGGAAGAAGCCAUCGCUGCACUUUUCCAACUAACCAGUUUUGUUCUGGUUAUUGGACUUGUGACCUUCUAUAAGAUCGGGCCCAACACCCACCUUUCCUACUCCUGCUAUAUGGACAUAGCAGCUUGCCUGCUGGCCACUAUGGCUGCGGCUAUGCUCAUCUGGAACAUUUUACACCGCCGUGAUGACUGCCUUGCACCUCGAGUUAUAAUCAUCAGUCCCUCACUAGCGUCACCUUUUCACCCACGUCUGGACAAUGACUAUGUGGAGUCGCCUUGUUGAACUCAGGAGAUCUCACAUGACACGCCAGUGACAAGACCCUUCAUGUUUAACUCCAGCUACGUGACAGUAAUGGGACUCUCAAAAGAAGACGACGCUCCUGUGCUCCCACAGCAGCUGGACUAACAUACGCUUGCAAUUGUAUUCUAUUUCUCCCAUUCCAACAAUAGAGAUAUGAUAAAUAUUUUGCUAUUUAGUGCACAGUUUUCACAUUUUUAACUAAAGUUAAUGUAUAAAGCAGCCCUAACGUUCCAGGGAAAUUCAAAUCCUGCAUGAUUCAAUCAUGUAUUCAAGCCAGAGUAAUCUGUUAAGUAAAGAAUUUGGAUUAGGACUGUCUUUCAUAAAACAUAAUUCAUAUGAAAAGAUCAAGCUGGAACUUGACAUAUUUUAUUAAUGGUGCAUUUAUGAAAUGGUCUCCUGCACAAUCAUAAAUUUGA